AAAUAUCCUAAUCUGUGUGCAACAGCAAACAGAAAACAUAUUAAUAGGAUUAACGUUUGUAAGAAUAUCGUUACAUUGUUGUAUAUUUUGUUGUUUCUUUUUAUUUACAACGAACAUUAGGAAAUAAUAGAAACGAUUAAUUAUUUACCACUGAUGUAGUAUACUAUUUUAUGAUACCAAACAUAUAACGCUCUGCAUCGGGUUUGCUUACAAUUGAUAUAACCGCGACGUGAUUGGUUUUGAUUAGAUCUAAACGGUCAUCACUGGUUACACGUGCUUUAUCUCGUACGCGUCUUCCGCGGAGCAGUAUUUCGAGCGUGUCGAUACUUUUGUGUUCGUUAAUUAACUGAAAAUUUACUCGAUAUAAAUUACGCGAAUAAUCGAGAUUACGUAGAUAAUAAGGACAGAACGAAUCUGAAAGAUACAGGACAAAUUUGCUGGUCGUCUCGAGAUCGUAAAUUAUCAUGAUCGUAUCAAGAUUGUUAGCAAAGUUGAAAACCUCUAUGCAAAAAAGACCGCUACUCUUCAACUCUAUAAUAUAUGGCUCUUUUUAUACUGGUGCUGAAUUCGCCCAGCAAACUUAUAACAGAGUGUUCAAGUUGCCGUUGCCAUCGCUAUCGCCGACCACGGAGAACGCCAAAAAUUCCAACGCGAUCGAUACAGAGAGAUCGACGUUUAGUUGGGUAAAGAAAUUUAACGAAACGUUAGGCUUAUUAGACGAAGACAAUCGGACACAAUCAGGAAAUUACAAUUGGGCUCAACUUAAGCGAUACGCCAUUUACGGUUGUUUUAUUGCUGGGCCAGUGCUCCACGGAUGGUAUAAAUGGUUGGAUACGUUUUACAAAGGCAAAACAAUGAAAGUCAUUCUCAUAAAACUAUUCACUGACCAAUUUAUUCUUACACCGCCGUUGAUUGUGGUGUUUUUUCUGAGUAUGAGCGUAAUGGAAGGUAAAUUGGAUGUUUUUGAUGAAUGUCAAGUAAAAUUUCUUCAAACUUUCAAGACCUCGUGCAUGUAUUGGUUACCGGUACAAUUUUUAAAUUUUCUACUAAUACCGCCAGCGCUACGAGUUUCCUACGUUAGCGUUGCUGCUUUUUGUUGGGUGAAUAUACUCUGUUACUUGAAAAAUGCCCCUUUAUCCAAGUGCGAUCAAAAUAAUAAAAUAAAAUAGUGAUUUAUUCUACUAAAUUUAGUAAAACCAAGGGCCUUUGUUUUGUGAGGGCGUAAAAACCGCCAAUCGAAAAAGCAAUACAAUUUUGUACAUACUCUAUUUAAAUAACAAUUUUAAUAUCGUCCUAUGCCAAAACUAAUUUUUUGGGGGGAAAUAGACACGCCUUAUAAAUAAAAAAGAAAAAGAAAAAAGGAACAUUCAUUUUUUUGAUUCAGUUUUGUACAAAAUAGUGUACAUAUAGAUGCAAAACAACGCAUACGGAAUUAUUCACUACAUCUUUUCAACUUACUUUUCUUAAAAAGUAACGAUCAAUAAUAAAUUUUGACUUGAAUAUGCUUUAUUAGUUGUAAAGAAAUAAUAAUACGUAUGUAUGUAUAUCUAUAAAAUAACAAAAUCUGUUUUACAACAACUCAAAUUAAAUAUAAGUGUUGUAAAUAAAUCUUCUGGAAAAUAUAUUAAAUCGUUUUUUUUCUUUUAAUAAUCAUCUCUCCGUAUAUUUUAUCUUAUAACUCACUUUAAUUGUACAAAUUUCUAUACCUUGUUACUGUAAACGUUCUUGAUCAUUUUUAAGACACCAGUCCUUUCGACUGGACGUAACACGUACUACGUUAUAACAUACAAUUGCCGUCGUUAGAAAUACUAAUUCCAUUUUCCAGAGAAUUAAAAUAUUUUUAUUUUCUCAAUGCGUAUGUAUACGCGCGCGCGCGAGUAUAUACGAAUGUAUUCAAGCGCAUACAUGUAAAAUGGUUUAGUCUCUUCAUUCAACAGUCUUCUUGGGGUCUUAUAUCGUAAGGGAAUCGAAUUAUUCUGUACGUAUAUGUUACUUUUAUAAGAAACGUACUUCUAAUAUUGUCCAUAGAAACAUUAGAACAGAUCGAUCGGAUAGCGCGCAUGUUUACACCGAUACAUGUGUCAUGGUCUCGGACUCAAAUUUAAUGUAUAUUCACUCUUUUGUAGUCAUAUGAAAAAUGCAGUUACUAGGCCUUAGAAAUUUAUUAUUCGCAUACAAAUAUUACUGUUUGAGUGUUUAGUUUUAUUUUCAAAAUCUAAAUGAAUUCACAGUGAUUACAACUAAAAAGAGAAACACUGCGAGCAAGUAGCGAAUACUCGAAAAGAAAUUUGUACAUUUGUUAUAUUCUCUAGUAAAUUGCCUAAUUUUGUUGCUUCUUUUAUACAUCGUAUUACGUAAUGCUUACUUAAAAAUUCCAAAAACAGAAUUAUUAUGUGUGUUUAUAGAAUUGUAAGCUUCUAACUAUGAGCGAAUAAAUAUUAUGUAGGCAAUAUUAUGAAGUAAAAAUUUUUCAUGAUAUAGUGCGUAAUACUGUCAGCUUGGUUCGACAGCAAGCGAAAAGCAUUCCAUAAUACAAGUAUCGUCGAACAGUGUAUCAUGUUCUAUAUUUACAUUACAUCUUCGGUUUCAUGCAUAUUAUACAUACUGCACGGAAAUAUUAGAAUGUCCUCGAGCGAUGUUCGCAUUGUAAGAGACAUUCGUCUCUUUGGCCAUAAAUUGCGCUUUCGCGAUAGCAAUGAUAUCAAUCGCUACUCUAUUCGAUACGAAAUUCUGACCAUCGUUAAAAUAAUAUCAUCUUAAAACUCUAACCACUAAAUCUGAAUUCAGAGGCAUUCUCUACAACUUUCCAGUAUCCAUUAGAUAUUUUAUAAUGUAAUUGAAAGUAACCAAUUUCCUAUCUAAAACUGAAAUCAAUUUGAAUCGUUUAAUAUAAAAUUUCUUUGUGAAUUCGAUAUAUAGAAAAUUCGAUAGACUACAUUCGGUAAGUAGUAUCUGUAUUACUAUAUUCAUACAGUAGUAUGAAUAAUCUAUAUGUAUAUAGUGAAUUAUAAUUUUUGUAGAUUCAUCAACAGUGGUCAUAUGAAAACAUUAAAAAUGGUUUUAUGAUUGAUUAAAAGAUUCUUUUAUAAUGUUAUAUAUGUACACACACAGACGCGCGCGUUAUGAUAUACCGUGCGUGUAUGAAUGAAUGU